CACUAUACUUUAAUGAAUUACUCAGCCAUUUGUUGUCCGAUUCGCGUCAAACUUAAAAUAUAUUACAUUGAUGUAAUUCUCUAUACAUGCAUUCAAUUUUCUUGUCGACCGGAUCAUUUUUUAUGUCUUAAUUGUCUUAUUUUUCACUGCGCCACUAAAUAUUUAACUUCGGAUGGGGAAUCACCUCGCUGCGUCACGCAACUCGAGUGAAAAGUGCGUGCGUGAAGACAAAACACGCUUUACAUCGUUGCGUAAAUGCCAGAUGUUCAAUCCAUGUCGCGAGCGACGGUGAUAAUGACGUCCGUAGAGUUUCCAGUGCGGCACUUUCAAGUUGUUUCAAUCUAAAACGUCUCGUUUUAUUCUCUAUUAUUUUUGGAAUCUGGCCGUACUGUAGUUCUCAGUAUUAUAGUGAGUUCCAUGUGCGAGUAGAUCAGUAAAUACACCAUGGAAUAACUAUGAUAUGCAUUUGCAGUAUUAUAUUUUUUGAAUGUUUUUUUUUUUCUGUUAAAUAAUAUUUGAUCUAUUUUUUAUAUAUCCGCAUAGCAAUAAUUUUUAAGUUGCUGCUAUCUAGUCUACACCAAUAUGAGUGUUGGUCCACUCGCAUUGGAACUUAUUAUAGUAUUUUGUCUCGCAGUAUUUCUCUUGCAUCAUUAUGGAAAUAUUACAAAGCAACAUCCAUUGGUUACAUUCGUGACAUUAACAGCGUGGUAUUUCAGCUUGAUCAUUGUUUUUAUUCUACCAUUGGAUGUAUCAUCAACAUUUUAUCGACAAUGUCAAAACAUGUCCGAGGAAAAUGAAGUAGAGGUUGUUGAAAAUAAAACAAUCAAAGGAUCAAAUUACACUCAAAAUGCUCCUACUAAUGGUACUGAUGAUGAUACAGUAAAAGAUGUUAGUGAUAAGUACUGUGAAAUGCCAUGGAGUUAUGUACCGUCAUACACACUGCCAAUAAUGUGGAGGAUCGUUUAUUGGACUGCGCAAUGUCUUACUUGGGUAAUCUUACCUUUCAUGCAGUCAUAUUCAUGGUCAGGACAAUUUUCUACAGCAGGAAAAAUCAAACAUGCAUUGAUAAAAAAUGCUGUUUAUUAUGGAACAUACUUGCUGAUUUUCAUUGUCUUAUUAAUUUAUGUCGCAACAAGACGGGAUAUCACUUUAAAUUUUUCUCAGCUCAAAGUGAUUGGCAUUACUGCAUCCAAUACGUGGGGUCUAUUUUUGCUUGUGCUUCUUCUUGGUUACGGCCUCGUUGAAGUUCCAAGAACUGUAUGGCGCGCUGCAAAUCCUGUAUUGAUGAUGUCAUACGUUCAUUUCAAGCUUGCAAAACUAAGCACAGAAAAGCAAGAAGCUUCUGAAACAAUGGAAGACAUUCUAGAGGAUGUAAAAAGAAACUCGGAAGCUAUUCGAUACAACCAUCCUUUACGAAAAUACGUAAACACAAUCAUUGCUAAAUGCCCUGAUGAAUUUCAGGAUAAGAUUAGUCAGGGAAUGGAUGAUUAUGUUGAAUACGAAGAUCAGAGACAUGGCCAGGAAAAUGUUACGGAAAAAUCACUUGUCCGAUUGCAUACUAGAGUUAUUGAUGCUGCUCAGAUGAAAAAGCGUACUGUCAUUCAAUGGAAAAUAUUAAUGGAUAAAGCAAUACAUUUAGACACAGUUGUGAAGAAUAUAAGAAAUGGUGAUGGUCUAUGGGUAGAUAGUCCAGUUAUUGAUAAACGAAAACUACCAUUUUUCUGUACACCUACUCUAAAAUGGUAUUGGGAAUGCAAAAUCAGACCCAUUCUCCUGAAAAUAUCAGCAUUCUGUUUAAUGAUUUUAUCUCUUAUGGUAGUUUGGUCUGAAUGCACAUUUUUCAAUGCUAAACCUGUGUUAUCGCUUUUUGCGAUCUUCAUCAAUCUUGCUAAAACAAGUUAUAGUUAUUUCUACAUUGAACUUGCUUGUUUCGCAACAAUAUCCUAUCUUUGCAUUUGUGCAUAUUACACUAUAUUUCGCAUGAAAAUCUUCAACAUUUAUUAUAUUGCGGGCCAUCACCAAACGAAUGAACCAAGCUUAAUGUUUGUCGGAAUAAUGCUAUGUCGUCUCACACCACCAAUGUGUUUGAAUUUUCUUGGUCUUAUACAUUUGGACACUCAUAUAUCCAGUUUCACGAAUAUUGAAACAUCCUAUACACAGAUCAUGGGUCAUCUCGAUGUGAUCCCAAUUAUUUCAAAUGGAUUCAACAUAUAUUUUCCUAUGCUGGUUGUUCUCCUUUGCAUCGUAACAUACUUCAGUUUAGGACACAGACUUCUGGCUUUUAUAGGUUAUGAACAAUUUAUAGAUGGCAAUGUCAAAGGUGAAUUCACAGCAGAUUUUGUAGAGGAAGGAAAGCAACUUGUUAACAGAGAGUUACGACGUCAAGAAAGAGAAAUAAAGAGUUUGAAUCGAAUACAAAUGCAUGGUACUACAAGCGACAUAUCAACACGACAAUGGCAAGGAAGAAGCAUGCGAGAAGUUGAAGAUAAACAUUUGCAGUCAAUGAGAACAAACGACAAGGUAGAACUUUUGAGUGAUACUGAACCAUUGGAUUACAGCUCAGUUAGGGGUGAACAAUCUGCAAAUACUAGUGAUAGCUUUUCAGAGAGAGACAGUGGUAGCAGAUGGGCCUCAUCAAGAAAUUGGUCAACGCAACGAGUAACUGCGAAGAGACCUCCGAAAAAUAUUUUUGAUGAUGUGUAGAUGUUACCUUCAAAAUUCAUUAUGUUAUAAUGUAAUCUUCAAGCAAUUUUUAAUUUAAUAUAUUUUACUGAUAGCUACUGUAUUUAUUGUAUUGUGCAACUAAUGUUUUAUAUUUCUCCAUAUUGUUCUUUGCCUGAUGUCUAUUUUUAACUGUAUACCAUAGUUUUUAGUCUAAAAUUGUCAGUAUAUUCAGAUUUAAAUACUUCUUAGAUUAGAUUUGUUGAAGGUACUUUUUGCAACUUCUGUGUGUGUGUUUUUUUUGCCUCAAGGGUAUGAUAAAUAUGUGUUUGAUAUGUAUGUGAUUCCAUAUAACCUUCAAUCUACAUUCAACAAAUAUACAACCACUGACCAUGCUAAAUUAUUCAAGAAAGGCUCGUCAAACCAAGAGGGAUUAGGACAUAUUUUAUUUACAUCGAUGCAUUACUGCUUUAUUAAUCAAUAUUUUCCACUAAUUAGUUCACCUGCUUGCAAUAAUAAUAUAGCUAAUCAAACCAGAUGCCUUAUGUUCAUUUUCAUAUUUGUCCGCAAAUUGAAAGUACGUCAUCAAAUAAUAUUAUACAUUCUGGAUAUUUCAUCUUGGUUCAAACAUAAUUGACGAUAAUAGUAUGGAGCUAGCUGUUAUUAUUGAAAUUUUCGGGAGUAAUUUACUAUAUCAAUGCAUAAUAAUGGAACCUAACAUAUUUUAGUAUUAAUCAAAAUUCAAGAUUUAAACCUUAUGCUGCACCGUCGACUUUAUAAAUGGUGUAUUCACCUAUUAAUUUACUACAAACAGAUAUAAGUGUGUAUUAUUGGAUACACCAAACUUAGUUUAUUUCUUGCCUAUCUUAGCUUUUUAUUUAUAUAUAUAUAUCCUUUUAUGGUAACCGUUAGUUUAUCUGUUGAGGAAUUUGAUAUUUUAGGUCACACAGUCGAAUGUAAAGUUUUGUAUUGCAAAUGCACUUAUUCGUAAUUCCGUAACAUUGGGAUGCAUAACAUUACCAUUCAGAUUGACUAAAUAAACUUAGCUUGAUUCACUCAUUUUCAAAUAAGAAUUGGUAUUGUAAGUUUGCUAUAUAUUUUUUAGUUUGACAGUCUAUUUUUUUUAAUUACUGACCCACAAUGUCAAAUGAGAGUGACCAAGACUCUGAAUGAGCCUACAAUAAAAAGAGUGAAGAUAUUCAUACUUAAAAAGGGUUGCAUUUUAAAGUCCUUUGCUGCUAAUAUUUUAGUACGUCUGUUCAUUUGUUUGACAAUGGCAUUCUUGUUUGGUUACACCUAUGUAAUUAAAUUACUGCUGAGUUGAAUGUUGUCACAUUACUUCUAUGUUAGUAGUUCCAACAGAAGAAAAACAUGGGAAAAGUGUAACAAAUUUUGUUUUGUUGUUAUUGUAUUCCUUUAAUAUUUUACAUUUAUAUUGCUGUUAUCAAAGUACCAAUUUUUUCAAGUACAAUAGUAUCACCCUAGUUUGUAGUGCAAUUUUAUCAAGUACUUUUUUGCCAUACUAUUCAUUAUUAGUACUUUAAUGCAGUAGUUGCAGUCAAUGCUUCUUUCAUUGUCAUAAUUUUUAUUGCUUAUUUUACAUAAAAUCAACAUGUCAUCAUCAGUAGCUUCACAGAUAUACUAAUAAUAUUUGCUCCCUGAAUCAGCUAACGUGACUCUGACUGUAAUGGGCAUGCUUUAUACUUUUGAUAUAAUAGGCAGAGUGCAGUAGCUAAAACCCUUCAUAGUACAAUUUCAACAGGAUUGGAAAAUGCGUCCAUAUUUUUCAGAAAUCACAUUGUCCUACGAUUUUAGCUUCACCCAGUAUCCCAUGGAAAAAAUGUCUAUAUCGUGUAAUAUUCUUAUUGAAAGUACCGGUAGUUGGGCUGUGCAAAAGCUUUUAUUUUAUUCAAAUCACCAUCGGAGCACUUGCAUUACUGUGCUCUAUCAUCUUCACUAUUUUGAAUUGUCUGUUUUCAAGUUAUGAUCUAUCUAUUCGUUGACCAUAGUAUGUAAAAAGCUUAUAAGUGAUUUUGCUCAUUUGCACACAACUAAUUGAUAUAUCACUGAUCCGUGUGUGUAUAUAUAUAUAAUAGUUACUGUGGUAGGAUAUGUUUUUCUACGUUGGUGCAGUUUGAAUUCAGUAUCACUGGGAAUCAAUGAAGUGUGGCUGGUUAGAAUAAUGUCAUUUUAAGUGAAAUAGGGGCAUUGCUGCUGUUUUAAUGCUUCAUUGCUUUUUGGAAUAAGAUGUGAUCAAAUUGCACUAAAGUGAACCAGAUCCCAAGUAGGCCCUACUUCAAUUUUAAACCAGUGCACAAUGUUAAAAUCUUGUUUUAAUGUGUUUUGAAGAUUAAUAUAAUUUCUUGUUUAUUUAUGUUAUUAUUAUAUUA